AUGGUGCUCGUGACGAUGCUCAUCAUGCCGUUCAAGAUCGCGUUCUUCUUCUGGGCGCUCUACAAGGCGUUCACGUUCAAGAGCUGGUUCAAGAAGUUCAACGAGAAAGCGGGCGGGUUCGCGUCGCUCUCUAACGCGGACAAGGCGAUGUUCGUCGUGAACGUGGUCUUCUACGCGCCGUACAUCUUGAAGUUCUUGGACAAGUUCUCUCCGCGGUACGUCCGAUUCUGGCACGGUCUCACGCAGUGCAUGCUCAUCCGACGCGACUCCCUGAACGUCACCGGCACCGAGAAAGAGCACGGCCUCGCGUACUACUUCGCCGCGUCCAUGGCGUGCCAGCUCGCGGGACGAGUGCCGUUCGCGAUCGACUCCCUGAACCCGCUCGGGGUCAUCGGCGACAACGCCGUCUUCGACGCGCUCGUCGCGACCGUCAUCGUGCACUUCCUCUCCGUGAAGACGCUGAAAUCGGUCUUCGGCGCCAAGGGCGCGUCGACGCGAAAGUUUCUCUUCACGGGCUGGGGCAUGAACAAGAUUCGACAGCUCAAGCGGUUCGCCGGGUCGCUGACCGGCGCCGGCGCGUACGAUUUCACCCUGCUCGCGAUGCCGGUGACCCUGCUCCCGUGGGUCUUCAAGGUGGCGUUCUUCUCGUGCGUGAACAUCGCGGGCCGGAGCUCGCGCGAGCUGACGAACGAGUGGCUGAAGAACUUGGAGGUGCGACGCAUCCUGAGCGGCGCGUCGGCCGGAGAGAAGACCGCGCCGAAGCAGUCGAAAGCGGAGAAGAAGGCGCAGAAGAGCGCCGCGAAGCUCGCGGCCGCGCGCGGAAAGCUCGCGAGCCCGUACAAGUCCAAGUCGCUCAAGCUCAAGGCGAAGCGCGUCGCGAGGGACGUCUUCCUGACGUUCGUCAAGCCGUGGCGAAAGCAGUACGUCUGGAACGUCGUCCUCCUCGUCGCGACGACGCUCACGCAGUCCUCCGCGACGCUCGCGCUCCUCGGCCCCACCGUCGGGGCGUUCGUCCAGACGCAGACGCGGAUGGUGAUCUUCACGUACGUGCUGUACUUUUACGACUCGCUCGGGAAGCCCAUCGCGAAGUUCGCGAUGACGGACGAGGACCACGUCGGGCUCGGCAAGGCGGCGAAGGAGGCGAAAAAGAGCGAAAAGGCGGAGUGGGCCGCGGACCAGACCCCGGGGAAGGUGAAGAAGGCGUGA